AUGCUUUGGUGCACAAGAAACACACCAGGAACAGGUGUGGGAGGUGGCGACAACGCAGAGCGUCAAGAGUUCCACUCUCGCAUCGAUCCAGAUGUGGUCCUGCCUCCAAUCGAGCAUGAUGACAACUCUCGUAUCAAACAAGAUCGAGGAUAUCCUAUACGCCCGCCCCGAGUCAAGCGGGACGCUGGUGACGAUUUCGAGGGCGAGGAUUGGCUGGAUGCCGACGACGAUGUUCUUCGCGCUCGACUCCGCAACGCUUUCAGGGUUACGGCAGUCUCUACUUCACCGAGGACGCUGCAAGCGUUGCAGGCUGUAUUCUUGGUUGCAACAGCUUGCCAGUAUUCAUUCCCCCAUCGACGGCUUCAAUCCAGCCUUUCUCUGCUUCAGGCUCCUCAACUUUGCACCCAGAGCUGGAGUGGACAUUUCGAAAUCUAG